GCUUGGCUUUUGGUUCCUCUGAAAUUUCCGUGCCCUGCAAUUUGCAAUUUGGUCAUUUACCGCACGAUAGAGCCAGCAUAUCCUUUCAUUUGGUGCGAAUUAAACCGGUGCGCCCCGCAGGGAGACCUUUAAUGGCCUUGCUAUAAAGGCGAGGGGGCUGUAGUCUCACAUGUGAAAUCGUGGAUCGUGCGGGAUCGUGGGUGAACGUGUCCGUCAGACGGAGGAGGCAGCGAAGCAGAUGAGGAGCAGGGGGAAGGUUCUCGAAGUGAAAGAUGGUGAUUUUCCCCCAACAGAGAAAACGUGUUCUGUGAUGUGUGACGAAUACUUCUUCAUCAAGCACCGGGGGGAGACGAGAGGGAUCGGGGGGAUCUUCUUUGAUGACCUGGACUCCCCCUCCCAGGAGGAGGUGUUUGCCUUCGUGAGGAGCUGUGCGAAGACCGUGGUGCCCUGCUACCUGCCCAUCGUGCGGAAGCACCUGGGCGAUACCUUCACCCCGGAGGAGAAGGGCUGGCAGCAGGUGCGCCGAGGCAGGUAUGUGGAGUUUAACCUUGUCUAUGACAGAGGAGUCAAGUUUGGUCUAGCAACCCCUGGCUCCAGAAUAGAGAGCAUCCUCAUGUCUCUGCCGCUGACUGCCAGCAUGGAAUAAACCUAUUACUUGUUCCUUUG